AAACUAUACGGUAUGGUACGUAGGACGUAGAACUUAGAUCAUCAUUAAUAAUACUUAGUGGAGAAAAUCGACGCGGAACUCCGGAAUUUUAUUGAAAUUUAAUUUUUACCUUGUUCAAGUAGAGUCGAUAAAUCAAGAUGGGGAAGAGACAACAUCAGUCAGAUAAGAUGUAUCUGACCUCCAAGGAGUGGACGGCAUUCUACGGUGGCAAGAAAACUGAAUCACAGAAAUCUGAGUUUCGUAGAUUACCAUUUGAUCAUUGCAGUCUAUCCCUUCAGCCUUUUGAGCACCCCUACUGUACUUCAGAUGGUAUUAUCUUUGAUCUGAUGAGUAUUGUACCAUUCAUCAAAAAGUACAAGACCAACCCCAUCACAGGGCAGGCACUAGAUGCUAAAUCACUGAUCAAGCUUCAUUUCCACAAGAACACUGACGGAAAGUACCACUGCCCUGUGACUUUCAAGGUGUUCAACCAGAAUACUCACAUCAUCACUGUGAAAACAACAGGCAAUGUGUAUUGUUUCGAAGCUAUUGAGCAGCUUAAUAUCAAAGCCAAGAACUGGAAGGAUUUGCUGACCGAUGAACCCUUCAAACGAUCAGAUAUCAUCACCAUACAAGACCCAAGCCAGCUGGAUAAGUUCAAUAUUUCUACCUUCCAUCACAUCAAAAACAAUCUGAAAGUUGAAGAUGCAGCUGAGAUUCAAGCUAGGAAAGACCCAAAGUAUACCCUCAACAAGACAAAUGUGGAGACAGAGGACAUCUUGGGAACACUCUACAAAGAAUAUCAGCCUUCGGAAGAGAAAGAAGAAAAGAAACAGAAAGCAGAUAAGAUCAAUUCUGCACACUUCAGCACAGGUAGAGUGGCAGCAGGGUUCACCUCAACAGUUAUGGCCCCUCAAACUGUGCAUGAAGCAGCUGUAAUUGAUGAAGACAUCAUAAGAUAUGAGCGGGUGAAGAAGAAAGGCUAUGUUAGGAUGAAUACCAACAAAGGGACUCUCAACAUUGAACUCAGAUGUGAUCUGGUACCAAAGACAUGUGAAAACUUCAUUCAGCUGUGUGCAAAAGGAUACUACAAUGGCACCAAAUUUCAUAGGUCAAUCAAGAACUUCAUGAUUCAAGGUGGAGAUCCAACAGGUACUGGAACUGGUGGGGAGUCAAUAUGGGGGAAACCGUUCAAAGAUGAUUUCAAGCCUAAUCUAAGCCACACCGGAAGGGGUGUACUUAGUAUGGCCAACUCUGGUCCAGACACAAACAAGUCACAAUUCUUCUUCACAUUCAGAUCAUGCAAAUACUUGGAUGGAAAGCACACCAUAUUUGGAAGCAUUGUUGGUGGUCUGGAUACAUUGACUGCCAUGGAGAAGGUGGAGACUGAUAAGAAAGACAGACCGGUGAAGGAUAUCAUCAUCCAAGACACUGUCAUCUUCGUCAAUCCAUACGAAGAGGUUGAUAAAGAGAUUGCUGAGGAGAGAUUAAAACUGAAAGAAGAAGAGACAAGAGAAAAGAAACCUUCCCAGUCUACAGCGAUAAUACCAGGAACGACAGACAAACCUCGGGUUUAUAGACCGGGGGUUGGCAAGUACUUGGCCCAAUUAUCAAGGGAUACUCCUGACAGGCCUUCCUCAAGUUCAACUUCAGACCAACCAAGUAGCAGUGGAGUUACAAAGAGACCAGUAGAAGCAGAUAGCAGUAAACAAGGCAACAAGAAAAAGGUCAAAAGUUCAAUGAAUUUGAGUGACUUCAGUGCUUGGUGAUCAGACCCAUAAAAGCUGGGAAUAAUACUCUUCUGGAAAAGACCAUGUUAUGCAAAAUGUACGAUCUCUAUACAUUAGAGAUUUGGUCAUUGAUUGGUUGAAUUGUCAUUGUCAAGGGCCUUUUAUUUUUCAUGGGGCCUCGGGCAUGGUGUUAUAGGCUGAAAGAUUGUUAUACUCUUGCAAAUCAUGUGGUCAUUUCUUUACAUGGAAGAUAGUCUGUAUGAUGAAAAAGUUAUCAAGAGUGAGCAGUGUUACAUUUCUUGAAAAUUUGUAAAAGUAGCAAAGGAAAAUUGUCUAGAUGACAAUCCGCUAUCACCCAAUCAAAUUUCAGUGGCUUUUAACAGAAGUAUAAUUGUGAGAUUGAUGAAAUGAGACCCUUUGCAAUCAUCAGGGUAAGUACUUUUUUGGUCAAUGUCAUAGGCAACCAAUGAAAAUACUGAGAUCCUUGCAUGAUAAGCUGAAUGUACAACAUGGCUUGCUUAAAGGACAAGUCCACCCCAACAAAAACUUGAUUUGAAUAAAAAGAGAAAAAUUCAACAAGCAUAACACUGAAAAUUUCAUCAAAAUCGGAUGUAAAAUAAAAAAGUUAUGGCAUUUUAAAGUUUCACUUAUGUUCAACAAAAUAGUUAUAAGAACGAGCCAGUUACAUCCAAAUGAGAGAGUUGAUGACAUCACUCACUCACUAUUUCUUUUGUAUUUUAUUAUAUGAAAUAUGAAAUAUUUUUAUUUUCUCGUCAUUGUCAUGUGAAAUGAAGUUUCAUUCCUCCCUGAACUCGUGGAAUUCCAUUAUUUUAAUAUUUUGUGCUUCAGGCAAGGAGGUCCUAAUCGUCAAAUUCGGAAAAAUUGAAAAAUUGUAUAAUUCAAACAAUAAAAAACAAAAGAAAUAGUGAGUGAGUGACAUCAUCGACUCUCUCAUUUGGAUUUAACUGGCUCGUUCAUAUAACUAUUUUGUUGAAAAUAAGCGAAACUUUGAAAUGUCAUAACUUUCUUAUUUUACAUUCGAUUUUGAUGAAAUUUUCAGCAUUGUGCUUGUCUGAUUUUUCUCUAUUAAUUCAAAUCAACAUUGUUCUGAGGUGGACUUGACCUUUAAAGCUAUAUUCAAGUAGUCGCAUCAAAUGAUUAUAACAUUAAAAAGCAUUCAAAAUUGAGGUCAGUUGUCUGAAUAUCUUUAAGAUCUAGAUCCAGUAUGCCCAUGUACACCUAUCUUUGUGAAGUCAUUAUAUUCAAGCUAAAAAGCAAGUGAAGAUUACCAACACCAGUAACUACAUGUGGGACCCUGUAGUAACAGAAUUUAUCCUUUUGAAGACAUCAAAACAUUGGCUGUUGGAGCAACAAAUUCAAAUCAAAUUUUUGGAUAUAGACAAGAUAUCACUUGAGAGAUUAUCUUGUCAUGUGAUAGAAAAAAAAAUUGAUUGCCUACCCCCCCAGAAAUAUUUGUGAGUGCACUUGAUCUCUUCAUGAAAAAAAAAAUUCCUUAUUUAUUUCAUAUGCAGUGUGCCAUCGCAUAAGAUUUAUCGUUACUGCAUGGUGGUGUUUUAUAACACUAUAAGUUUCGACUUUCUGCAUGAUUUCUAUAACAAGUUUAAGAUCAGCCAGUCAAAUUGAAUGCUUUUCUAUGUUAGUGUCAUACACACCAAAUUAUUAUUUGCAAAUUUGUUAUUAUAGCAAGUUUUAUGAUACGGGGGCCCAAGUUGUUUGUUCAGUCAUGUGAAACUUAAAAGCAGCAUUGUUAAACUCCGCCCUUGUAGCUUUGUAGUAAGUGGUCAGUUUCACAAGAAAUGAUUGAAUGUUGAACAGUGGUGUCAUGGUACCUGAUAUGUAUGGCAGGGUUACCACGUUCAAUAUUAGGCAUUGUGCUGAUAUGUUUAUAGUCGAGAUCUAGAUGUUAGUAGUUAUUUGUUCAGGGACCAGUUGCAGAAAAAGUUGCGUUUAAACGCAAGCCAGAAAAUCAAUCGCAAGUCUCAAAUGCGCGCUGUUGAUUGGUUGAAAAUCAAGUUGUGCAUGACUUUUAGAGUUGCGAUUGAUUGCAACUCUUUCUGCAACGGGCCCCAGGAAACCCUACCCUCACUCAUUGCAUAAAGUAUACCAGUAUACCAUCCCUCCCUCUUUUCAAGAGAGCAUGUACGUCCAUGGUAAGAGAAGGUGAAAAGAGUGAGGACUGGUAUUUUGGUGUGUAUAAUUUAUGCAGUGAGUGAGUGUAGGGUUUCUGACCAAAUAAUUUCUAGAUCUAGACUUAUGUGUUUGAAAUCUCAGGGGAUACUUUUUUAUCGCAUGUACCAAGGCUACCAACUUAAUGAAUUAAUAUUUAGGGUUUCUUUGCCAUAAUGGUAUAUCCUGUGGUAACAGGGCUUGACGGCUAAUCAAAAUAAAUGUUUCCAUGGAAGUUAUCUACAUACAAAAUAAGAGUGGCUUAUAUUAUUUGUUUUGUAUGAUGAAUAAAGUUUAUGUAUAGUGAAAAAUACCAA